AUAUAUUGUUACAACAUGCCAACACAAAUUAAGUUGCAAAAUUUCAGAGUCUAAAUAUGAUAGUUUUCAUAGUUUUCGAGAUUUGGUAGUUGAGAGUAACUGGCUCGCAUACUGAUGAGAUUGAAAUACCUGUGCAAACCUUAUUAUUGGUGACUUUGAGCAUCAAUGACACUUUUCACACAGUAAUUGCACUUGAACAACACAAAGUCAGUCAGUACAGCAUGCUUGUACACUGUCGUAUAUGACAGUAUGCAUGUGUAAGUAUGAGUGUGCCUGGCCUGAACUGUACGCGCAUGCGCAAAAAAUUAAGAGAAGUUCUGCAACUCGGGUUUCAGCGUAGAAAAUACGCAUAUUUCUCAACGGAUUCUGGGUUUCAUUUCUAUCGAGUCGCUAGGGAACAGGCCAGAACUUAUCGGCCAUUUGCUAUCAGGAAAUGGAUGACCAAUCAGUACAUCUAGACCAAUUCCCUUACCACAUUGUUGAAUUUGUGGCUGCUGGGCGAAAACCAAAAGUGCGCAAGACAGAUAUUGUUGCAACAAAGUGGCUUCAAUACGACAAGCAAAGAAGAGGGUUGUUACGAGAUAUCCACCACCACCUUAUGACACAGAAAAAUCUGAUGAGUUGGAUUCAGUGCUUAAAGAAUUAUCAGAUGCUCCUAGUACGUGGUCAACAUACACAGUUGUAUUAAGAGGAAAAGCAGUAAGUCUGGGUGAUGCGUACCGCAAGCAUGAACUUCUUACACAUAAAACUACUCUGACUGCAGAAUCUGGUGAGAGCGAUACAUAGGCAGAACAGAGAGCUGCUAAUCUCAUUCGACAAGAGCAAUUACGGUCUGCUGCUAAAUCAUUCAAUGACUCAUUAAGAAAAAAAGGUACAAAAAGAUCAUCUGAAUCCGAUGAUUCACCUGUUGUACAGGACAGUGUACCUGGUACUUCGACUGUCUGUAACAACAUUUCAGGCAAUGGAAAAAGUGAUGGGAUCCCCCGACAAAAAAAUUAAGCCAAAGGCCAAACUUGGAGCUUAAACACUUGAAGAUUUGACAAAUACAUCUGAGCAUGGUGCUAACAAGAGAUUAUUGAAUGCUGUAUUGGAUUGUAUGACCAAGAUAUCAACAGAUAUCUCAAGUUUGAGCCUCGAUGUUAAAACCAUGAAACUGGAUAUCAGCAAGAUUAAAGCAGCAGUCAAAGAUACGAAGAAAAUCAGAAGUACAACUAUGGAUUUUAUUGCCACAGUUCCACAACUGUCUAAAAAGUACAAUUAUGAUAUACCAUUUAAAACUAUGGUAGAAUUUCAAACAUUUAAUAUUCAUUUGUUGAAGAAAAGUGAUCUUAAAGAAUCAGUGUCAAUUGUACUUCAGUCUGGAUUGGAUCCACAAAUGGUCAUUUCAAAAUCAAUUAUCAGCAUGUUGAAGAUGUUUCUAACCAAAGAUGUAGCUAUUCAAUGCGUGGCUGUCAGGAAAUUAGAAGAUAGAGUUCCAAUAAGAGAUACACCUUUUCUUCAGUGCGUAACAGUUGUUAUAAAAGAACACAGAUUGAUGGCUAAUCUGGAGACCACAGAUAAGGAUAUUACAAGUUCCUUAAGUACUGUCCUGUCGAAUGCAAGCCAAUGGCACGUCCCAAGAAAAUCUUUACCUGAAAAUGCAACCAAAUCAACGAGUCCUGCACAAAAAUCUAAAGUUUCCAAGAAUACUGCAGCAUCGACUGCAUCAGUACAAGUAGUUGCCAUAGAGCCUACUGCACAGAAAGAUAAAUGAUCCAAAUACAGUUUUUACUCCAAUGCAAUUUGAAUUUGCAAAUGUAGAAGAGGAUGAGGAAGAGUUUGAUGACGAAUUUGACGAGGAUUAUCUUUCUAGAUUGAAUGUAGGAUUGUAAAACAAAUACUAUGUACUUACAUUUCACAAUGUUUUAAAUAUUUGCAUGCAAUAUUAUUUAAAUUUAUUUAUUUUAUCUCACUGUAAGGUUUUCUAAAUAAAAUAAAUAAAUAUUUUCUUAAACAAU